CAAGUCGAUAGUAUUACAACGAAAAAUAGUGUUUGCACUUACAACAAAAUUCGUGAGUCAGAAUUCAUAAAUUGCAUUCACAAAAAGGCGUAUAAAUCUGCUGUACGAAAUUUUGUAUGAAACGAUGUCAUAUCACCAGGAUGGAAUGCCAGAUCAGCAAUUCCUUUGGGAUGUUUUUCAGAGAGUGGACAAAGAUAGAAGCGGUCACAUCUCAGCCGAUGAGCUACAAGUUGCCCUUUCUAAUGGUACAUGGUCUGCAUUUAACCCUGAAACGGUUCGUUUAAUGAUUGGAAUGUUCGAUCGCGAAAACAGAGGAACAGUAUCUUUUCAAGAUUUUGGAGCCCUGUGGAAAUAUGUGACGGAUUGGCAAAAUUGCUUUCGUUCAUUUGAUCGGGAUAAUUCUGGCAAUAUUGACAAAAAUGAACUAAAGACAGCACUAACUUCAUUUGGGUACCGUUUAUCUGACCACCUCGUCGACGUUUUACUUAGAAAAUUUGAUCGUUUUGGUCGAGGCACUAUUCUUUUUGAUGAUUUCAUACAGUGCUGUAUUGUUCUUUACACAUUAACAACUGCAUUCCGGCAACAUGAUACUGAUAUGGAUGGCGUUAUAACAAUACAUUACGAGCAAUUUUUGAGUAUGGUUUUUUCUUUGAAAAUAUAAUGGUGUAUAUUAAAAAACUAUCAACUUAUUUAUAAAUAAGUUUUAAAGAACAUGAAAUGACUUGUGUAUAUUAAAUAGUGGAUGCUAUUUAUGAGAAAUAAACAAUAUUGUCUAAUUUAUACUCCGAAAUAGUUCAUUUUGACAAAACGAUAUUAAGUAAUGGAAUAUAUAAUUAAAAUGUUACUUUGUACGUUGAUUUUAAUAAAACUUGUUCAUAUUGUGCGUAAAA